AUGUUUCAGAUGAAAUACACAGCUGCCCUGAUUCUGGCCGUUAUUCUCGGCAGCCAGGGGUGUGAACGAUCUCAAGUGAUGUAUACGGUGGAUAAAGGAAUUGGAUCGACUAUACCAAACCCUGAAGUGAAGAAGGCUAUCGAGGAAGUCAAGAAAGCGUUCGAGAACGCUGGCUUGUCGCAAAAGAUAAAUCCAUUCCACAUUGGGAACCUUCCACGCAACGAAACAUACCAACUUAACCUUGAGAUUCUAAUCGAGAAGAAAGGCAACGAAACCGUUAUUUUGAAACAUGUGUCGAAAUUUCUCAAAAAAGGAAAAGCAGCAACCGUCCAUGCUAAUUAUAGAGUCACGAUGGACAAACAGAACAAACCCGUAAUCAAACUCGUCCAUGAUACUGUAUUCGAAAAGGCUCACAAGCUUUGCGUGCCAUCGUUGCAUCCCAAGAAACAAAAAGCAAGAUCACCAUAUAUUCGGCACUACUACAAAACAUUGGAUCAUCUUCUUCAACUCCAAGCAAAAACAUUGGGUUAA